AUGAGCAGGAGCCUGCACCGUGAUGUUUUCUUGGCUGAUGGCCGUAAACCGGACGUUGUCCUGGGCGGGCUUGAGUCAAAUCAAACAAUAUCCAGAGGUCUUUUUCUACACAUAAUUGCGAUUCUUUUGGCUCCUGACACACCUGCAUAUGAAAUUAUGCAUCGAGAAUCCGGCCUUGUUCUGCAACAGGAUGACUCGGCGAAGUUAGAGCCAGGAUGGUACGACGUGAUGCUCAUCAAUUCUGACAAACCGAUAGAGCUGACGACCGACGAGUGGCGCCUUCGCGGAUACUCACCCUCAUCCAGCUCCGUCCUUGGCACUUUCAAAGAUGAGGCCCUUCAAAGGGAUGACCGAUGCGUCAUAAUGCAGCCGUCAGCACCAGGUAGAUCGUCAAGAACCGAUCCUGGCUGGGAUGGAAGUCAUGCUGUUCAUGUUUUUCCUGUGGCCCAUGUCCGGGAAUUUAUAUCGAGUGGACUAUCAGCAUGCAUCACGAACAAGUCUUCAGAGAGUGACUCCGGCAUAAACUCGAUUCAAAAUGGGCUUUUUCUCUCUCCCACUUGCCAUUUUCUUUUCGAUGCAUAUCAUAUCUCGAUACAUCCUCGCGAGCACCGUGUCGUUUGCUUCUCCUAUGAUUUCCACGACGUUGGUGGUAAAGUAAUCAGCAAAACUUGCUGGGACCCAAACAGCGAAGACAGUGUACGACCAGAACUCUUUGACUGGCAUUUCCGGCAAGCUGUACUUGCAAACAUGAAGGGAGCAGGGGCUCCCAUAUUUGAAAACGACUUCCCUGAAGGCAGCGACAUGGUAGCCAAGAUUAGGGAGGGCCCAAUGCCAGAAAACCGUAUGGAAGUUGAAUUGGCAAUGAGGUUGCCAUCUCCAGCGUCGUGA